GUACAAGGUCUAGAAAUGGAUGAUAUUUACAGUAACGUCAAUGAGAUAAAAGAUAAACUCUGUCGAAAAAGGAUCCUUCUAGUUCUUGAUGACAUCACUAACAAGGACCAAAUUGAGUAUUUUGGCGCUGAAGAUCGAGAAUGGUUCCAAUGUGGGAGUAGAAUCUUGAUAACUACAAGAGAAGAACGGCUUUUGGGAGAUCUCAAAGUAGAUGAUAGGAUCAUGCUCCCCGGACUAGGUUCUAAGGAAUCACUCCAACUCAUGUGUCACCACGCCUUCUGCAAAGACCAACCUAAAGAAGGGUAUGAAGAGUUGUCCAAGAGUCUUGCGCAUUAUGCAGGCGGUCUGCCCACUGUUCUUAAGAGAUUUGGUUCCUUUCUUUCUAGGGAGAAAAAUCAGUGGCAAGAGAUAUUGGAGAAGUUGGUAACCCAUCCUCAUCUUUAUUCAAUCGGAAUACCUUUAUAUACAUUCUCCUCUCUUCGUCGCUCUGUAGGGCCAUUUGGAGGCCAUGGUGGAAGUUCUUAUGAUGAUCAAACAUACAGUGAUAUAAGAAAAAUAACAAUCAUUGUAACAUCAGUGAUCGAGUCCAUUACUAUUGACUAUGAUCAGAAUGGGUGUUUGGUGCGCUCACCAAGACAUGGUGGAUCUACUGACUAUGAUCAGAAUGGGUGUGUGGUGAGCUCGCUGAGACAUGGUGGGUUUUUGGAAGGCGAAAAAUGGGAGUUACCUUUAGAUUAUCCAAAUGAGUACUUGAUUUCCUUGUCCGGCUACAUUCGAGAAGAUUCUUAUUGGGUCAUCAACUCUCUUACCUUCCACAGCAAUAAGAGGUCAUAUGGGCCAUAUGGCAAUGAGAGAGGGAAGUUUUUCACGUUUCCACAAGUUGAUGGAAAGAUCAUUGGUUUUCAUGGAAGGUGUGGCUUUUCUCUGGAUUCCAUCGGAGCAUAUUUUGGACCUGUCUCUCAGCCAUACCCUUUCGAAGAUGUAGGGCCAUUUGGAAAUGGGGAAAACUGCUGGGAUGACGGCAAGCAUACAGAUGUGAGACAAAUUGUUGUAGUCUCUGGUUCUGCGGUUGAGUCUAUUAGUAUUACCUAUGAGGAGGGUCGUUCUUUCGGACAUGGUGCAAGUGACGGCGGCGAAAUAAAUACGAUAAAUCUGGACUGGUUGACUGAAUGUCUAACUUCGGUUUCGGGAUAUAUUGCGAAUGAUUCGGGUUCUACUAUCAUCCAUUCACUCACAUUUCAAAGUAACAAAAGAACAUAUGGACCAUUCGGGACUGAAAUCGGAAGGAAGUUUUCAUUUCCAGCGACUGGUGGAAAGAUCAUUGGAUUUUAUGGGAGUUCUGGUUCCCAUCUUCAAUCUCUUGGAGCAUAUUUCGAACCAAUAUCUCAUCUAUAUCCGAUCAAGCGUAGCGGACCAUUUGGAGGCCAAGGUGGACAGCCUUGGGACGAUGGAAAAUUUAACGGUGUAAAGAAGAUAAAGGUGAUGUUGGAAAGCGUUGUCCACUGCAUCUCCUUCGAGUAUGACGAUAAUGGCGAAUCUAUUUGGUCCUCUGCACAUGGUCACAGUGGCAACGGAGAUAUUCUUCUGGUUAACUUGGACUACCCUCUUGAGUUCUUGACCUCAAUAUCAGGUUAUAUCAGAAAUGACUGUUCUGUUAUUCAAUCACUCACGUUCGAAAGCAAUAUAAGAAGGCAUGGACCCUUUGGUAAGGAAGAAGGAAGCUUCUUUAGCUGUGAAUUUACGUGCCGCAAGAUAAUUGGCUUCCAUGGAAGGUCUGGUGUCCAGCUUGAUGCGCUAGGAGUCUACUCCGAACCAAUUUCUGAUCUUCCCCUCUUGAAAUCCAUUGGGCCGUUUGGAGGUCAAGGUGGGAGUCCUUGGGAGGAUGGAGAUAGCACCGGGGUGAGAGAAAUAAUCGUGAAAGGUGGAUUAGCUAUUGACUCCAUUACAGUUGAGUACGACAAGAAUGGCUCUGUGGUUCAGGGCCCUAAACAUGGUGGAGGUGGAGGACAUAAAACACUCAAGAUUAAACUCGAUUAUCCUCGAGAGUACUUGAUUUCAUUUUCUGGUUACUUUGGAGAUUUUUUCGGGUAUACUAUUGUUCGCUCCCUCGCAUUUCAGAGCAAUGAAAGAACUUUUGGGCCGAUUGGUGUGGAAGAUGGGAAGUACUUUUCUUUUCCAUCAACCGGUAGAAAGAUGGUCGGGUUUCAUGGGAGGUGUGGAAUCUAUCUUGAUGCACAUGGAGCACAUUUUGAGCCUUAAUAGGCUAAGCUUGAUGUACACCAUGCAAUCGAUGUUUCAGUUCACAUUCAAUGUGUAUCAUCACAUAAUCCCGUUUGAUGUAUCCUCCAAUAAUGAAGGGUGGA